AUGCCCCCUUCCGCUCUAACAACGACCCUCAUCCAAUCAACUUUCCUCAAUGCCCUGUCCAACAUCCUCGCCCAGCUCAUAGACCAGUACAAGAAAGAUAAACCGCUCAUCGCCCUCAAUAUUCCUUAUCUCCUCCAAUUCAUCACGUACGGCAUCCUUAUCGUGCCCAUCAACGUUGCCUGGCAGCGGUGGCUGGAGGUAACAUACCCCGGAUUCUUAUUCUCAAGCUCGUCGACUUCAACUGCAGCUACUGCUUCGGCAUCUUCAACACUACCGCUUUCGAUUCCCGCGGCGAAUGGUGCUCCUUCUGAGGGGUCUCGAGCUGCUCGGCCGCGAGGGGGGACGGUAACGGACUCCAAGGGGCAAACGAUGGAGCUUGUCGAGGUGAAGGAGAAGCUCGUUCCUGCGGCAUCAGCGGCGGCGCCAUCGACAGGGAGAUGGUCGUGGAGACCGAGGGGAUUAAAUUCUGGGUCAGCGAAACACCAACGCAUCUUCAACUUCGCGAUGAAGUUCCUUCUCGACCAGACGGCGGGCGGGGUCUUGAAUAUCAUUCUGUUCGUUGUGUUGAUUAAUGUGCUCAAGGGGGCGAGUUUGGAGAGGGCGUGGGAGUUGGUUCUUGAGGAUUUCAUCCCAAUUAUGCUUGCGCGGCUGAAGUUUCGGCCGAUUGUGUCGACGUUGCUGUAUACAGUUGUUCCGCUGGAGAGGAGGGUGGUCUUUGGGAGUGCGUGCGGGGUGAUAUGGGGCGUUUACUUGAGUCUGUACGCUGCUGUCUAG